AUGAUGACAGCUCAGCAGAGCGCCGACCCAGUUCAACCUUUUAUAUACGCACACAGUACGCGCACGGACGCACUUACAUCUCCCUUGCUCCCAAGCUCCCCCUCCUCCACUGCCGACAGUACUAUUGAGACUACAGUGUCUGGGGGUACUGCAGUCAUCUCCUCCACGUCGCCUCCAGCCGCCACCAAGAAACGCAAGCAAGCCCCAAGUCCUACGGAAGACAACAGUGGUAAUGAAAGUAUCAUUGCGCGUGUUAGAACUAAAGAUCAGCAGCAGCCAUCCAAAAAGUCGCGUCGUGAGCUGCCGCCUCAUACCGUCGCCAUUCUUAAAGGAUGGAUGUUAUCCCGUGAACAUGUGAAGCACCCAUACCCUACUGACGAGGAUAAGCAAAUGCUGCUUAAGAAGACGGGUAUUAGCAUGAAACAGCUGACAAAUUGGUUUACGAACGCGCGCAAGCGCAUAUGGAAACCCAUGAUGCGACGGGAACAUUCACGACAAUUGCAGUCUGCCAUAAAUUUUGACCAUACGGUGAUGCGUGAAUUUCCGGGAGCUGGACGAUGUCAGCAGUACGCAGACAGCAGUUAUGCCCCUCGUGCGACCGUGCGUCACUCGUUUGACGCUGGAAGCCUGGGCGCAUUACCUCAUCCGGUGGCAACAGCGCCCGAUAGAUUCACACGGACACAAACCUUUUCGGUGAAUGCACCCAUUUACCCGACACGUGUUGGGCGUUCCAUGUCGGAAGCUCCGGCUAGAGCUGAAAUGGGCAAUUAUUUGGAGCCAGAACAAUUUCGUGGGCGCGGUCACAAUGGAUACCUACCACCCAACAGUCUCUCGCCGCAUGGACACAAGAUUCUACAGAAGUGGGUCAGCUCAAACGCUCAACGAAAGUAUCCGUUUCCAAACGAAACUGAGCGAUUGCAACUUUCUAGGGAAACAGGUCUCGAUGUAUUACAAGUUGACAAGUGGAUCACCAGUAUUCGCGAGCAAAUGGGCACCACCAUUGUCCGUGUGCCAUCAUCGAUUCCACUUUCAGGAAACACGGUGUUUACUUCGCCGUCUACCUACGGUAAGUGUCGAUCUAUUCCAUCCAGCGGAAAUCCCAUGUUUCCACCACGUCCUACUGUCCCUGCAACGUCAAGACCAUCAAUCAUAUCAGCUGGGGGUCCACAAUUUCCUCCGCUUUCUGCUCGUCAAUUAGCCAACGAAACUCGAUUCGAAACAAUUUCCUCUGCUUCGCCUUACCCAAAUAACGAGAUGCGAAUACGAUCGAUGACAAUCAGUGCCGGGUCUUAUCUGCAUCCGCCCUCAACUUCUGAAUUUGCAAGCAGUGACUCUCGACCUGAGCAGCAGUCAGCCGGUGGUGCUUUGCCUUCGAUCUCCAGCCGCAGCUUGAUGGGCCGUCCACCACCAAUUGGUGCAUCAAAUGGCCCCACGAUGGGCUACCCGCGUGACGGUCGAUCGCGUACGCUCGACAUGGGCCAGUUUGCAGAAGCACGACGACGAAAAAUGACCUUUCAGGACAUUUUAGCGUCUACGGGCGGAUCCACAAGCAGCACCGAACAAGCUGCGACCACAACAGGCGCGUUGUUGAGUACUUCAAGUUAUGUAACUGCUAGCAGCAACGACGUGGAAAACUUAUACCCGAAUAGCACUUCAGCUACAACGUACGAGACUUCGAUCUCUGGUGAAAUUCAGCCGAAGCAUUCGUCAAUCUGCAGUCUGGCCGAGUAA